CCUUGCGUCGAGAUCCUGUCAAAGCACUAUACAGCGAAUUUCUCGUACCUGAACUUUUACACUCUUUCCUGAGGACUAUUUUACCAUUUAAACGGGACGUCAUAUCACGUUAUUUACUCUGACACGCAACAGCAGCACUUGAGAAGUCACUCCGCCGCAGUUGCGUUCCUGUCUUGAGACAUUUAAAAUAAAAGGAUAUGGUGUUGGACAUGUGAAAUACACGGGCAACUUCAAACAUGAAGCUGGCAUCUUCUCUGUGUUGCCUCGGGUUUCUUCUCACUUCUGUGGCGGUCCGUCUCAGCGACUCGCAGCAAGACAGCUCCAUUUAUUGCUGCCAUUUGCAGGAGCUGCGGGAGGCUCGUCUUAGUGGACUCGCUCUGUCUUCUCCUCAGCUUGGAUGGUUGAAGGACCAUCUGCUGUGAGGAAUUUCGAGCCGUCCCGAAGUGGAGAGGCCCAGCGCGUGACGCCUCGCUGUUAUGCCCUGGCACAGAGAAUAAACUGAGUACUCUGUCAGACCUGGACCAGCAGUAUCGAACCCUUCGUAAAUACUAUGAGAACUGCGAGGUGGUGAUGGGUAACCUGGAGAUCACCAGCAUCGAUCGCAGUCGUGACCUGUCCUUUCUUAGGUCCAUUCGUGAGGUGACUGGCUAUGUUCUUGUGGCGCUGAAUCAGUUUGAGUAUCUGCCCCUGGAGAAUCUGCGCAUCAUCCGCGGCACCAGACUGUAUGAAGACCGCUACGCCCUGGCCAUCUUUCUUAACUACCGCAGAGAUGGCAACUUCGGUCUCCGUCAGCUUGGCCUUAAGAACCUCACAGAAAUUCUGAACGGAGGGGUGUAUGUGGACCAGAACAAGUUCCUUUGUCAUGCCGAUACCAUCCACUGGCAGGAUAUAGUGAAGACCACUCGCCCUGAUCACCUGGUUGUGCCGUCCAAUAGCAGCAGCUCAUGUCAGAGGUGUCACAGAGGAUGUAAUGGACGCUGUUGGGGGCCAAAGGAGGACCAGUGUCAGAGCUUGACGAAGACGGUGUGUGCCGAGCAGUGUGAUGGCCGAUGUUUUGGGCCGUAUGUCAGUGACUGCUGUCAUCGCGAGUGUGCUGGAGGCUGUUCUGGACCGAAGGACACGGACUGCUUCGCCUGCACUAAUUUCAACGACAGCGGUGCAUGUGUGACGCAAUGCCCUCAGCCCUUCGUCUACAACCCCACCACGUUCCAGCUGGAGCACAACCCGCGGGCCAAAUACACAUAUGGAGCGUUCUGCGUCAAAAAGUGCCCACAUAACUUUGUGGUGGACCACAGCUCCUGUGUCAAAGCCUGUCCCAGCAACAAGAUGGAGGUGGAGGAGAACAGAAUCAAGAUGUGCAUCCCCUGCACUGAUAUCUGCCCAAAAGCAUGCGAUGGGAUCGGCACCGCUAGCCUUCAGACAGCUCAAACCGUCGACUCCAGCAACAUCGACAGAUUCAUCAACUGCACCAAGAUCAACGGAAACCUGGUGUUCCUCAUCACAGGCAUUAAAGGGGACGUAUACCACAACAUAGAGCCCCUGGAUCCAGAAAAACUCAACGUGUUCCGAACCGUUCGAGAGAUCACCGGCUUUCUAAACAUUCAAUCCUGGCCAGAAAACAUGACUGAUCUGAGUGUCUUCUCCAAUCUGGCAACCAUCGGAGGCAGGUCUCUCUACAGUGGCAUCUCUCUUCUGGUGCUAAAGCAGCAGUGGAUUUCCUCACUGAAACUGCAGUCUCUCAGUGAGAUCAGUGCUGGAAACGUGUACGUCACCAACAACAGUCAACUCUGCUACUACAACACUGUCAACUGGACUCGACUCUUCCGCACCAACACCCAGAAGGCCCUGAUCCGCAACAACCGCGACCCCAAGGAAUGCAUUUUGGAUCGUAUGGUAUGUGACCCGCUGUGCUCUGAUGCUGGCUGCUGGGGUCCAGGACCCGACCAGUGCCUGUCCUGUCGGUUCUUUAGCAGGGGACGUACCUGUGUCGAAUCCUGCAACCUGCACGAAGGACUGGCCGGCUCUAGGCCCAAGCUGCUCACCAGGCCCUAUGUGGUCGAGAAGCGGGAGGCGGGUUUGGAGAGGGAUGUACGUGAGUUCGCAAACGGAUCAGUGUGCCUGGAGUGCGAUGCGCAGUGUGAAGUGGCGGAUGAUGAUGGUCUCACCUGCACUGGGCCUGGUCCUGAUCACUGUGUUAAAUGUCUUCACUUUAAAGACGGACCCAACUGUGUGGAGAAAUGCCCUGAUGGCCUACAGGGAGCAAACAGCUUCAUCUUCAAAUAUGCUGAGGCCAACAAUGAGUGUCACCCCUGCCAUGUCAACUGUACCCAGGGAUGCACAGGACCUCGUCUGCAAGACUGCAUUGGCAUGAUGGACAGGACUCCCCUCAUUGCGGCUGGGGUUAUUGGAGGAUUGUUUGUGGUGAUCAUCGUGGGCCUGAGUGUUGCCAUAUCAGUGAGGAGGAAAAGCAUCAAGAAGAAGAGAGCCUUGAGACGCUUCUUGGAGACUGAGUUGGUGGAGCCUCUGACGCCCAGCGGUGCGGCCCCGAACCAAGCCCAAUUGCGCAUUCUGAAAGAGACUGAGCUGAAACGGGUGAAGAUCCUGGGAGCUGGGGCAUUCGGCACCGUUUACAAGGGCAUCUGGGUACCUGAGGGCGAGACUGUGAAGAUUCCCGUUGCCAUAAAGAUCUUGAACGAGGCGACGGGCCCCAAAGCCAAUGUAGAGUUCAUGGAUGAGGCUUUGAUCAUGGCCAGCAUGGAGCAUCCUCACCUGGUGCGGUUACUGGGUGUGUGUCUGAGCCCCACCAUUCAGCUGGUUACUCAGCUCAUGCCCCACGGCUGUCUGCUGGACUACGUGCAUGAGCACAAAGACAACAUUGGCUCCCAAUUACUGCUCAACUGGUGUGUUCAGAUUGCCAAGGGUAUGAUGUACUUAGAGGACAGGAGACUUGUGCACAGGGAUCUGGCUGCUCGGAACGUCCUAGUGAAGUCACCCAACCAUAUAAAGAUCACUGACUUCGGUCUGGCUCGCCUUCUGGAUGCAGAUGAGAAGGAAUACAACGCAGAUGGGGGCAAGAUGCCUAUAAAGUGGAUGGCUUUGGAGUGCAUCCACUAUAGGAAGUUCACCCACCAGAGUGACGUAUGGAGUUAUGGAGUGACUAUCUGGGAGCUGAUGACAUUCGGAGGAAAGCCUUACGAUGGAAUCCCUACCCGAGAUAUUCCUGACCUGCUGGAGAAAGGAGAGAGGCUUCCUCAACCUCCCAUCUGCACUAUUGACGUCUACAUGGUCAUGGUCAAAUGCUGGAUGAUAGAUGCAGACAGCAGACCCAGAUUUAAGGAGCUUGCAGCAGAGUUCAGCCGAAUGGCAAGAGAUCCACAACGGUACCUAGUCAUCCAGGGGGAUGACCGUAUGAAGCUGCCCAGCCCCAAUGACAGUAAGUUCUUCCAGAGUCUGCUAGAUGAGGAGGAACUGGAAGAUCUGAUGGAUGCCGAGGAGUAUUUGGUGCCACAAGCCUUCAGUAUUCCUCCACUGGCAUACACAACCAGAUCACGCAUUGACCCCAACAGAAACCAGUUUGCGUACCAGGACGGCAGCUUCGGCAUGGAGGAGAUGAUGGCCACUAUCCCGAGGGUUGUGGCUGUGUCCGCGGUCAACCCAGGCUGUUCUGCUCAGAAGCAAUCUAUGACCCAGCAGGGAGCUUCGGGGUCCUCUGAGGCAUUUGAAGACAGCCGCUGUAAUGGCACUCUCAGGAAGAAGGCUUCACCCAGGGCGAGCACCGGGGAGGACAGCAUUGGCCAGCGUUACAGCGCAGAUCCAACUAUGAUACUGUGUGAGCGCGGAGCAAGAGCUGAGACCGACCAGGAUGGAUACAUGAGUGCCAUGCAGGACAAAAAGCCCUCAGAUUAUCUCAACCCUGUGGAGGAGAACCCGUUUGUCACCCAUCGCAGAAACGGAGAGGUCCACACUCUCGAGCGAGGUUACCACAGUAUCUCCAAUGGGCAGCCCAAAGUGGAAGAUGAGUAUGUCAAUGACCCGUUGUACCUCAACACCUUCCAUAACUCGGGGGAAAAGAGUCAUGACGUAUUGAGGAAGAACGGAGUCCCUGUGGCGCACACGGCAGCGGCGGCAGCAGCAGUAGUAGCAGCAGCAGCAAAUAGUGGAACUUCCACCAGCCAGAACCUUUCCCAAACCAUGCAACCAGCGGCAUCCAAUGUCCACGUCACAACACAGCCUCUCUACCAAGGCAAACAAAGCAUCUCCACCCUCUCAGGCCACACCCUCCAUUCUGCCCAUCCCGGACACACCCUCCACCCGACGCACACCCUCCAUCCCACUCACUCCGGGACCAUCAAGGCCGACAUAAAGCCCAAAAAGACAUUUGACAAUCCUGAGUACUGGCAGCACAGUCUUCCCCCCAAGGCCACUCUCAACAACCCCGAGUAUCUGCAGGACUGCAGCACACGCUUCUUCUACCGGCAAAACGGUCGGAUCCGACCCGCUGUGGCUGAGAACCAGGAGUACCUGUCUGAGUAUGCGCUAAAACCAGGCACCGUGUUGCCACCUCCUCCCUACCGCCAGAGAAACACUGUUGUGUAGCAACAACGGCCGAGACAAACAUGGAAAGUUGGAGGUAAAGAGAGAGUCAUAGUGUGUUUUCACCCUGGCUCUCACACCAGCAUCCCGAUCUCUCCACUCCUCUCUGAACUGGAUUUAACACCCAACCUCCAAUGACCUGGAACUGAUUCACUUGAGUGAGCUUCUCCUCCAGAGGCAUUGGUCACAGAUGGCCACAUCAAUCAAAGCUCGUUCCUGCUUGUCUCUCUUCACUUCAAUCACUAUUAAGACCUGUUUCCACUACCUGAGCCCAACUUUUGGAAAGUGAUACUCUUCCCAGCAUUUGGUAGAUGUUACACUCCUCUCAUUGAAAGCAAGUACUGACGUUGACGUGCAACGUGGGUUGAUCCAAUAGCAGAGAGGACUCAUUAUUUUGUGCAAUUACAGAAAUGUUUAUCAUUUAUCAUGUUUCGGGAUUUUGAUUUGAAGCUACGAUAAGAUCUGCUGUAAUUUAUGACUUCGGUUAGCAUAGUUUAUUUUAGCACUCCAUACAUGAUUUUAUGAGGCAGAUGUGUUGUAUGCAAAUCCAUCGUAUUGGGAAUAUCGUUGUGGGCCUUGGGACAAAAGGGACAAAAAUGGUCCUCAAUGUCGCCUACUGAUUGAGACUCAAAAAAAAAGUAAGCGCCAGGCCUGGAUGUACGCUACAUGCUGUUAUAUACAACAAAACAUAUGUUCAUUGCAGCAUGGUGUCAACUGGGACCUUUGUUCUCCACCUUCUCGAAUGGCACAUAUUUCAAAAGACACAUUGUGUAAUGUUCUGUUCAAAAUAUCUGCAUAAUUCAUCUGCACAUGUAUUGCUCAAACAAGGCACUCUUUAUUACUUCUAUUGAGCCAUUCUUUCUUCAGUUUUGAUUCGUAAGUAAGACUGGAAGGAUUGCCAACUGGAAACAGUCCUGCAGUCCAUAUUAUACGUCUGUAAAACUACAUGUGUAAAGUUGUAAAGGCAACUUGAUGAAGACAAGCACUCCACGCUGAGAACAGUAUCAGCACGCAUAUAAACGAGUCCGUACUGCAGCCCGCCACAAAAUCAAUAACUUCAUAAAAGCAAAUCUGCAACAGUCUACUGUAAUAACGUUUUUAUUGUUGAUCUAGCCAGCAUUGAUCUGUAUGCUCACAGAGUUGUCACCUUAAGGUAUCCUUCCUUAUUUUGUCAUUUAAUGUGUGGAACGAAAACCCAGAUUGGGUCUACCUUGAACUUCAGAAGCUAAAAUCAAUACUUGCGACCAAGAGCAUCCACGUAAAUGGACAUAUGGCGAUGAACGGAUAUUUACACAGCUACGGAGGCCCAGGUUUGUACGGGAGACUCGGCAGCACACAACGCCUGGCUCCUCUUCUGAAAUAUGGCCGGAAAACUGUUAGAACUAUAUAAACUUCACCCACAUGCGAGUCGAUGAGAUGCACAAGACUUGCGAUCAAGAUGGCAGCUUUUUCUAGCUGGGUUCAUUAAAACUGCAACAGUGAGGGACGUUUUGAAAUCAAGAAGGCAGGAGUACCAUCAUGCAGUACCAUGAGGAAGAAACGUACGAAUGGAAUAUUUGCCCCGAGGUCAGAGAUGAGACUGCCUCAUAUCUGUCAACUCCAUUUGAACUGUCUCCCAUAAUGACUUUUCUAUAAGAAGCGUCUCAUGGAGCAACACGGAUACUAAUUUAGGAAGAUAACGCAGCUUACUUGGGCACAUUGUUCUCCUCAAAUGGUGGAAAACAACUUUGCUACAUCUUCGGUAAAACCAUGCCAUCCAGGUUUCUACGGCUAGAUUUGUGUAUAGUUUUGAACACUGCCAGUCACUAUGCUUUUCUGUUAAGGGGAAUAAUAAUUUUGUUGUGUUGCUGGUUUGGAGAUGUGAAAUGGUUUUAUAGCACUUAACAGCCUGGCACAGCCGCAUGAGUUUGUUUUAAACACCAACGGCACUGAUUGAAUACUCAUUUAUUAUAAUCAUAGCUACAUGACGAUAGCAAACACCACCCGCCCACACAUGUUUGCUCUAUCAUUUUUUUUUUUCCUUUGUAUGUUUUUUUUUUUGUGCUUAUGAAUAUGAAGGUUUACGGUUACAUGGAGCACUUUAAUUAAUGAAUAUAACAAAGAUAGAGCGGAGUUCUUUUCAUUGUGGGAAUUGCUGUUCCCAUGCGAUAACAGAUUAGACAAAUGACAUUUUUGGCUCUCUACUGGAAACAAAAUCAGGGAAUGUUAGUGACGCGCAGUAAUUUUGCCAAACACAGAUGUUUACUAAUUAAAGUAUUUAUCUCAAGCUUUUAUCCUUAAAAAUAAUGCAAUUAGGGCAGAAUCUAUGGUGGGUCGUAGUAAUGCUAAGAUUACUUAUAACAAUAAUAUAAGACGCCUUUGCAGGACGAAACUGAUACUUGAAAUUGCUUUAUUUUAGCUCCUAUAGUGUUUGGAAACUAGUUUAUCAGUUAUGAAAUACAGUGUGUAGGACUAAGGCCAAAUUAUAUUUUUAUUCAUCUUUCUUGUAUUUAUGAGUGAACCCAGUGCAUAGUUGUCUAAAGGAUUUUGGUUGAGGUUAUGAGGUUACAAGCCAAAAUAAGUACAACCUCCAUGAAAACCCUUUUGUGUACAAUUUCCAAGAGGGUUGAAGCUUUCGGUUACCUUCUCUUAGCCUAAUUAAAGGCAAGGACCUCAUGCAUAUGCUACUGAUAAACGCAGGUCUGGGUGUCUAAAUCUAUAUAUGUAGCAACUGCUGUGAAUACAGGGUGGGUAAAGAUCUACUAAAUCCAUCAAGUGAGGAACAACUAGGCCAAAAUGGAGGAAGAUGCCUGAAAUGUGAGGGUUGCUGUUUGUGAAGACUUUCACUAUUAGAGACUGUUAGAGGAUGGAACUCGUUCUCUUUGGAAACAUUUCCACUUUCUAGGAACUCUAGGAAAUGAGGUUUGGAUGGAGCACAAAAAUUUUGUCUCACUGCACAUUGUUCAUUGGUGACUCACAUUUAGCAGAAUCUAGAAGAACAUGUGAAAGACAUCUUGGCAUGAACUUGUGUAUAUAUACCUGAAGGGGCUUGAAGAUAAUUAUUAAAUCAAGAGUAGAGAGAUAAUGGUGAAGGCUUAUGUUCCGCUUUGUUUUUGUUUUUUUUAAAAACAUUGCUUUAAAAAUCUGAAGAGUGAGUUCACUAAGUUUCAGUGCAACACACUCGAAUCAACUCUUCAAAAUGCUUAAAGUAUGCUGGUUGUCAUGCUCUUCUCCAUCAUUCAAUUAAUGAUCAACAACAUCUUUUAUAUGUAGGUUUACCGCCUGAUAUCUGUUAAGAGUAAUAGGCCAAUAGCAAUGAGUUAAUGAACCCAAUUUACAUAAGGCAUGUGUAUGCUAAAAUAAUAAAGACUUAAUUUACAGUAAAUACAGCGCAGAAACUAUUUUGCCACAUUUAGUGUUUGGUUAAACUGAAUUGUGGGUGACUGGUUGGAAAGUGUGGCGUUUUGAGUUCAAAAAUCAAAUGCAGAAGUACUUAGGGAAUUCACCCUUUGAUCUUUUUUUUUUUUUUUUUUUAGCUUUUCUCCCUCAUUUUUAACAUAUUUAUCAGCCAGUUGCAAUAUACAUGAUUUAGGCACAUAAAAUUCCCUUAAUAUGUCUUAAUGGGCCCUACAGGUCUUUUAUAAUGACCAUGUCAUCGUAUAUUUUACUGUAUAGAGAGGCAAUAAGCUUUACAAAAUACAAUGCGUUUCAGUUUCUGUUAUCACAUUACUGUUAAGGUACUUACAGUAUGUUAGGGCACUUACAGUUAAAUUAAUUUACAGUGUUAUCGAGUCUGCCUUUGCUGAUCUGAUCAUGUGUAUUUACAUGAUGCAAACAAGCACAGGUUUGUUCUUUUGGGUCCUUCUCAUUAGCUGUGCCCCCUUUUCUUUUCUUGUCUUUUCUUUUAUAAUUUCUUUUGACAUGCUCACUGGAACUUAUUUUGCAUGUGGCAAGGUAGUCAGAAAGUAUCGGUAGACUAAGCACAGUUAAAAAAAAAAAAUCAUUUUAUAUCACAAAGGACAAAAAAAGGGAAGAAAAACACCUUCCUGCAACAUUGACAUUUGGAAUGGUUGUUCCUCAUGAUUUUACUACUGUAUGUCAAUGAGAAAAUGUGAAUAGUAUUUUUAUAGACAGUUGAAUUGGCCAGAUGUAUUUGUAAAUAGCUGGGAAACUUAUGCUCUUUUUGGACUGACCUUUUUUCCCCAUUAUGUUUUGUUCACUUAUAUUGUGUGUGACCGGUUAUUCUUAUUUGAUGGCUGUAUAUAUCUGUAAUUUGAACAGCACAUAUUUGAUUUUGUAGAUCUUGCAGGUUCUUUUAGUACUUCGGUGUGUUUUUUCGUGACCGUAUGUAGCCCGGCUUGGUGCUUUUUGUGUUUUUUAACCUCUGCCCAUGUUCAAGAGGUAGGAGAUGUUUUCUUUCUGUCAGGUAUAGGCUCCUUCCAUCACCCCACAAUUUUCUCUUUUUGUACAGAAUCCAGCGUGGGGAAUCUGCAGCUGUGUGACGAUAGCAUUUGUAUCUCCCAGGAAUCUCUCUCAACUCCAGUUAGGCUUUUCCUGACUUUAGUCCUGGUCAUAUGGAUAGUGUCUAGUUCUUUCUCAGUAUGUAAUUCAUAUUCAUGCACAAUCUCCCAUCUCUUCACAUCUGCAGCCAACCGCACCGUGAGCUCAGGCUUAGCUGAGGGCCGCGAGCGUAAACACGGUGAAAAAUGAUGGCAAAAGCUGAGCUCAACCUUCUCAAAUACAUCCGCCAUGGUGUUCCUCCAAGAGAUUCGUAAGUCAGAGUGUAUUAUUCACGCUGUCAAGUGGACUAAUUGCCUGGAGUGGUGUUCAUUUGGCCACGUUGUUAUUGAGUGACGCCUCAUCAAAACUAAAGUCAAGUCUUGUCAUUUUUGACGCCCAUCUUCAGCUCUGGUCACAGUAAAUUUCUUCACCACAGCUUUCCCAUUCCCCAAAGCUAGAGCAUUUAAAUACUGUUUCACAGUUUUGUUACCUGAAUCUAUAUUUUUAAUUUAAUAUAAAUAAAUAAAUACAACACCUGA